AUGCCGUUUCAAGUCCCAGAGUUUCUCGGCACCUACCGCUUUUGGGUCACGGCUUCCCUGGCUGGCUCUGUUUUUCUGGUCAGAUUUGCCCCUCAAUACUCAAUUUUAGAAUCCUACACAGCGACAGCCUCUGCAAUAUUUCUCCUCCAGGUGCUGGUUUGGGCGGUCUACGCUAUUUUCAUCUAUCCGUUCUAUGUCAGCCCGCUUCGCCACGUCCCCACCGUCAAAGGGGGCAGCAGGGUGUCCGGUCAUUGGCGCACGUUACUCAAAGAACCCUCUGGAGUGCCCCAGCGACGCUGGGCACAAGAAGUUCCUAACGAUGGCUUGAUCCGCUAUCUGCACCUUUACAACCGGGAGCGUCUCAUCGUCACCAGCCCUAAGGGACUUGCCGAAGUUCUGAACACCAAGAGCUAUGAAUUCAUCAAGCCCGAGCUACUUCGCACCGGUAUCGGACGAGUCCUGGGCGUUGGCGUUCUUCUGGCAGAGGGGGACGAUCACAAGGCACAGAGGAAGAAUCUCAUGCCGGCAUUCCACUUUCGCCACAUCAAGGAACUCUACCCCAUAUUUUGGUCAAAGUCUCGAGAGAUGGUGCAUGCUAUCCAGAAGCAGGUAAAAUCCUCGUCCGAGACGCGCCCCACCGUUGAAGUCGGCGAAUGGGGGAGUCGCGCAACAUUGGAUAUCAUCGGUUUGGCCGGCAUGGGUCAAGACUUCAGCUCUCUGCAAGACCCGACGAACGAGCUGAAUCGUGUCUAUCGAUCAGUCUUCCAACCCGACCGGACCGCCCAAAUCCUGGGACUCUUAUCCUUCUUCCUGCCAGCGUGGUUUAUCAACAACCUCCCCAUCGACCGAAACAGCAAAGUGCAAGCCGCGGCCGACGUUGCCAAGGACACCUGCCGCAAGCUUAUCGAGCAGAAGAAGCAGCGCAUGGCCAAUAAGGAGCCCAUGCAGCCGGACAUCAUCUCGGUGGCGCUCGAGUCCGGCGGCUUCAACGACGAAGAGCUCGUCAACAACAUGAUGACCUUCCUCGCCGCGGGCCACGAAACCACGGCGUCGGCAUUCACGUGGGCCAUCUACCAGCUCUGCCAGAGACGAGAUAUCCAGGCUCGCCUGCGCGACGAGGUCCGCUCGCACAUUUCCAACCUCGACACCGAAAACAUCACCGCCGAAGUGAUCGACGGCAUGCCGUACCUCCACGCCGUGUGUCAAGAGGUCCUGCGCCUCUGGGCGCCCGUGCCGCUCACGCUGCGCGACGCGGCCUGCAACACCUCGAUCCUGGGCCAGUUCGUACCCAAGGGCACCAAGGUGAUCCUGGCGCCGUGGGCCAUCAACCACAACACCUCCCUCUGGGGCUCCGACGCCUCCGAGUUCAGACCCGAGCGGUGGACCGCACCGGGCCAAGCCAACGCCGGCGGCGCCGUGAGCAACUACGCGUUCCUGACCUUCUUACACGGACCCCGGAGCUGCAUCGGCGCCAAAUUCGCCGUCGCCGAGUUUGCCUGCCUGCUCGCCGCGUUCGUCGGCAGCUGGGAGUUCGAGAUGGUCGAUCCGGACAGGGCCAUCGAGGUAAAGGGUGGCGUCACCGCGCGGCCCAAGGGCGGUAUUGAGGUGUACUUGAAGCCCGUCGAGGGAUGGGCCAGUUGA